CAGGGCGCAUGACCUUUUGUUCUUCCUCCCACUCAGAAGAUCUCUCCCUUAGGGGUUUGAUCCCUAAGGGUUUCCUCGAAAGAAUCAGAGGGCGAAGUCCUUGACAGAGAUUCUCUGUUUAGCUUCAGAAACCGCUCACGGAAAAAGAUGCCUGCCUUCAACAGAUUGCUUCCACUAGCUUCUCUCGUGCUCAUCUGCUGGGUCAGAGUCUGCUUCCCUGUGUGUGUGGAAGUACCCUCGGAGACGGAAGCCGUGCAGGGCAAUCCCAUGAAGCUGCGCUGCAUCUCCUGCAUGAAGAGGGAGGAGGUGGAGGCCACCACUGUGGUGGAAUGGUUCUACAGGCCUGAGGGCGGUAAAGAUUUCCUUAUAUAUGAGUAUCGAAAUGGACACCAGGAGGUGGAGAGUCCAUUCCAGGGUCGUCUGCAGUGGAAUGGGAGCAAAGACCUGCAAGAUGUGUCCAUCACUGUGCUCAAUGUCACUCUGAACGACUCUGGCCUCUACACAUGCAAUGUGUCCAGGGAGUUUGAGUUUGAGGCACAUAGGCCCUUUGUGAAGACCACGAGACUAAUACCCUUGAGAGUCACUGAAGAGGAGGGAGAAGACUUCACCUCCGUGGUCUCAGAGAUCAUGAUGUACAUCCUUCUGGUCUUCCUCACCCUGUGGCUGUUCAUCGAGAUGAUCUAUUGCUACAGAAAGGUCUCCAAGGCUGAAGAGGCAGCCCAGGAAAAUGCGUCUGACUACCUUGCUAUCCCGUCGGAGAACAAGGAGAACUCUGUGGUACCUGUGGAGGAAUAAUGUGGUGUGACUUGAGGUGAUCUGAGUACUGAGGGACUUGGAUGUUCCCAGUUCAGUGAUGUCAGCAGCAUCAGCAAAGUGCCCCAGGAGUCCCAUUGCAUCCGUCUUUGUAUUCAUCAACCAUCCACCCAACUGUGAGGUUUUAUCUGACCUCUGAGCUCUAUUGGAACUCUACACAUCUUUCCUGAACUGAAGAGCCAAUACCUCUACAUAGAAUAAACCUCACUUUGUCCUUGCUUUCAAGCAAGUAGAUCCUAACUCAACUAAAGUUGUCCCUUAUGCUCCAAAUGACUUUACAUAUGUACUAGAGAGUUGUAUUCCCUCUGCCCUGUCUGCAAUUGGGUCGUUCUCCACUGCUACAAAAAGAAUGGAUGUAUAACUGAAGGAAGCACUGGUUAGUUUGGGCUAAAGCCAAAGCAUGCCAUGCACUUAGAUUCAUUGAAGUCAGUUUUCCCUCCUAAGCCCAUGCCCUGCUUCUCAACACCAGAAAGCAGCAAUGUCUCUCCAGGGUAUCCAGGAACAU